AAACAAAACAAAAGACACACACACACUCUCUAUUGAUGGAGCAUUCUCUGAAUCCUUCUAUGGAAAAAACAGUGUCUGGCAGUGCCAACGAGGAAAGUGGGUGGACUUCUUACUUCGAAGAAUUCUCCCUUGGCAUGGAGCAGCAAAGUUAUUAUUCCAGUUUAGGUGGUUCAUCUUUGGUCUCAGAUGCUGCUUCUUCUGCUGCAUGGAAGCUCUCACAUGAUCACAAUGAUUACCUUGUUUCCAACUCUGCUUUUGGAGUUAGGGACUCACCAAAUGUCUUAAAGAGAAAACUUUGUUUCAAGAAAACAAGAACCCAACAGAUUUCAGAUGAUGACUCUUUGGAGGACACUGCUAGCUCCCCUGUCAACAGUCCCAAGUUAGGGGACUUGAAAGUUUCCAAGAUUGAUGAUCAAAUAGACGGCUCUACUUCUGGGGGUAAGGGGUUUAAACCAGAGAAUUAUCCAAAGCUACAGACCGAUGAUUGUGACAUAAAUUUUAAUGAAAACAACAAGGAGUGCAACACAGACUUGAAGAAAAAGGGUCUCUGCUUGGUUCCUUUGUCUAUGUUGGUUAAUUAUUAUGUUUGACUGGUAUUUUUGUCUACAGCAUUCUCCUUGUUGCCUUCUCUUUGUGUUCUUCUAUGUAGCUUGUCUCCUCAGGUUAUACACAGCAUGAUCAGUGACAAAUAAUCCCUGUAUUAUACAAUCAUUGUCAACAUGAUCGACCAUAACUUGAGUCCAUAAUUUAUGUUUUAAUUUGUUUAUGAAAAGAGAAACUUAGAUGAUGUUGU